CUUCACUUGUUGCCUGGGUGGAAAAUUCUUCCCAUUGAAAUAUUUUUGCACAUGGAGGACAACAGCAAAGAGGCCAACACAGGCUGAGAAGAGCAGAGACCUCAAGAAUAUUCUUUGCCCUUGGCCUUCAGGACAUUUCCUCUAGUUGGAGUUCUGGACUUGAGAACCCUGCUCAAUUAUUUUGGUUUAGCUAUCUGUUUCUAUUUUUUUAUUUUUAUUUUUUUACUUUUCUUUUCCCUACAGCAUUGUGUUUGAUUUCCGUACUUCAGAAAUGGGCCUACAGACCACACAGGGGCCCGGCCAGGGGGCUUUUUUCCUGAAAUCUUGGCUUCUCAUUUCCCUGGGGCUCUCCUCACAAGUGUCAAAAUUCCUGGCGUGCCCUAGUGUGUGUCGCUGUGACAGGAACUUCGUCUACUGUAACGAGCGAAGCUUGACCUCAGUGCCUCUUGGGAUCCCGGAGGGCGUCACUGUACUCUACCUCCAUAACAACCAAAUUAAUAAUGCUGGGUUUCCUGCAGAACUCCACAAUGUUCAGUCGGUGCACACCGUCUACCUUUACGGCAACCAACUGGACGAAUUCCCCAUGAACCUCCCCAAGAACGUCCGUGUCCUCCACCUGCAGGAAAACAACAUUCAGACCAUUUCACGGGCGGCCCUGGCCCAGCUCCUGAAGCUGGAAGAGCUGCACCUUGAUGACAACUCCAUCUCCACCGUGGGCGUGGAAGAUGGAGCCUUCCGCGAGGCCCUGAGCCUCAAGUUGCUGUUCCUGUCCAAGAACCACCUCAGCAGUGUGCCAGUGGGCCUCCCCGUGGACCUGCAGGAGCUGCGUGUGGAUGAGAACCGCAUCGCCGUCAUCUCAGACAUGGCCUUCCAGAACCUCACGAGCUUGGAGCGUCUGAUCGUGGACGGGAACCUCCUGACCAACAAGGGCAUCGCCGAGGGCACCUUCAGCCACCUCACCAAGCUCAAGGAAUUCUCCAUCGUCCGGAACUCACUCUCCCGCCCGCCUCCUGACCUCCCGGGUACACACCUAGUCAGGCUCUACCUGCAAGACAACCAGAUCAACCACAUCCCUUUGACAGCCUUCUCCAACCUCCGGAAGCUGGAACGGCUAGACAUCUCCAACAACCAGCUGCGCAUGUUGACUCAAGGGGUCUUCGACAACCUCUCCAACCUGAAGCAGCUCACCGCUCGGAACAACCCUUGGUUCUGUGACUGCAGCAUUAAAUGGGUCACGGAGUGGCUCAGACACAUCCCCGCCUCGCUCAACGUACGAGGUUUCAUGUGCCAAGGUCCCGAGCAAGUCAGGGGCAUGGCCGUGCGGGAGCUGAAUAUGAAUCUGUUGUCUUGCCCCACCACGACCCCUGGCCUGCCUCCCCUCACCCCAGCCCCGACUUCAGCUUCUCCUGUGACUCAGCCCACCACGUUCUCCGUACCGAUCCCCAGCAGAAGCUACACACCCCUGAGUCCCACAGCAUCCAAGCCCCCCACUAUUCCCGACUGGGAUGGCAGAGAAAGGGUGACCCCACCGCUUUCUGAACGGAUCCAACUCUCCAUCCGUUUCGUGAAUGACACCUCCAUCCAAGUCGGCUGGCUCUCUCUCUUCACUGUGAUGGCUUACAAGCUCACAUGGGUGAAAAUGGGCCACAGUUUGGUGGGGGGCAUCGUUCAGGAGCGCAUCGUCAGCGGUGAGAAGCAGCAUCUGAGCCUGAUAAAUCUGGAGCCCAGAUCCACCUAUCGGAUUUGUUUAGUGCCCCUGGAUGCGUUUAACUACCGAGCUGUAGAAGACACCAUUUGUUCGGAGGCCACCACCCAUGACUCCUAUGUGAACAAUGGCAGCAACACGGCUUCCAGCCACGAGCAGACGACUUCCCACAGCUUGGGCUCCCCUUUUCUGCUAGCGGGCCUGAUCGGGGGUGCCGUGAUAUUCGUGCUCGUGGUCCUGCUCAGUGUCUUUUGCUGGCACAUGCACAGAAAGGGGCGCUACACCUCCCAGAAGUGGAAAUACAACCGAGGCAGGCGGAAAGACGACUACUGUGAGGCGGGCACGAAGAAGGACAAUUCCAUCCUGGAGAUGACAGAGACCAGUUUCCAGAUCGUCUCCUUAAAUAACGAUCAGCUCCUUAAAGGAGAUUUCAGACUGCAGCCCAUUUACACCCCAAAUGGGGGCAUUAAUUACACAGACUGCCAUAUCCCCAACAACAUGCGAUACUGCAACAGCAGCGUGCCAGACCUGGAGCACUGCCAUACGUGACAGACAGAGGCCCAGCGCUACAGAGCGGAUGGACAUGGAGACUCUCGAGAACAUGCACGUGUGUGCACGUAAAGACACGCGAGUUACAUUUGAUAAAUGUUACACAGAUGCGUUUGUGCAUUUGAAUACUCUGUAAUUUAUACGGUGUACUAUAUAAUGGGAUUUAAAAAAAAAGUGCUAUCUUUUCUAUUCCAAGUUAAUUACAAACAGUUUUGUAACUCUUUGCUUUUUAAAUCUUAAAAAAAAAAAAAAUAGUUGCUGAAGUACUGUACAGGGUUGUACAAUGAGAACCCAAUGCCAGGGUGAAAGAAUGAGUGAUUCUUCCUCCUGAUGCAAUUCACCACUUCACUGUUGAUGCUUCAGAACAAAUUCAUUUCCUAGAGUUGGUGGUCAGAUAAAAGGGCAGGGUAAAGUGGGCUCAUCAGAGUAGGGCAGAUAAUAGUCAUAGAACAAGAAGUGCUCCCCAGAUAUCUUCCUACUAUUUACAUACUUCCGGUUCUGGAAGAAGAGUGAAAACUUGUCGAAUCUAAGAAAGGAGGUAGUCACCCUGUUUUGACCCAAAGGAGGAAAUGCAGAAGGCAUCUCUGGAGGAAAUCAGUUCCUAUGAGAGAAGUUAACCCAUCCUGGCAGAAUCAAGAAAAUGAGACAAGAUUUGAAAAAAACCUUUGAAUCCAGGGGUUGGCUUUCUGACUGGGAACUUGAAAAAUCACCUUCAGGCUCCCCUGGCCCUAUGUGAAACAGAAGCCUGAGUCUGGUUUCAGUCAUCUUCGGGACAGGUAGGAUACCCCAGCAAGAAAACUCCCUUUAAAAGUAUUACUGUUCAAAUUAUACAUCAGGUUGAAUCACAUUCAACAGAGAUAUAUUCUAGAAUACUUUUUUAGAAGAGGCUAAUAAAAUAAUGGGAAGAAUUAUAUUGAAUGGAAUUAUUUUUGAUAAUGAGAAUUAUUUGGGUAGAUUCACUGCAGCUAUGUCAACAUGAUAUUUAGACCAACAAGGGAUCAAUGUUUGGAACGUACUAAACUGGUUGUUUAAAAACUAUUGAUACCCUUUAGACAAAAGCACGUAAUCAGUGGUCCCAUUAUACUAUAUCAACUAACUUUGUUAGUAUCAUGUUGAAAUAGCUUGAGUUAAUAUCUUUAUCCCCUCAGAAAUUCUUGUCUUCCAAUCACCUCACAUAUAUUUUCAUAAUUAGCUGUUGAUGAUAUACAUUUGUUGGUCACCCCUCUGCUACAAAUUUGAAAGAAAACUAUGGAUGCCAGUCUUCAUUGCACAAAAUAUCCACACUCACUUUAAAAUGUAUACUAAUUUUCCCUGCUAAUAAUCCUGUAAGGACACAUCAAAGCUGGCAAAAUACCGUAUUUUUUUUUUUUAAAAGCAAUACUGUGUUUCCACCUUGAACUGACUUUGAUCUGCUUCCAUUUUUUAAAAUUUCAUUUAUUCCUUUUAAAUUGUGGAUGUUCCUCUUCUUUGGGAAUUGUGAGGGAUAAUCAAUCUUAUAUUAACAGGAUAACAGAUGAAAAAUGAACAAGCCUGGGAGGGAAGGCUUGUUCCCCUAAUCUUGGCAGCACAGGGCAUUGAGCAAAGGGCAUGGAGAAGAGAAGAAUGUCCAGGCUUAAUUCUAGAUAUUUUUUGAAGCAACGUCCGUCUUCAGAAAGCGUGUAUAAUGUCCUCCUUUCCAUCCCUUAGAUCUAGAAGGGCUAUCGAUCACAUACACACCUUAUCUAAAAAGUACACCCUUGGAAAAUUCUUUUGAAAAUCAAAUUUAGGCAUUUCAGUCUGUAUUGCAUAUUUCCUUGAUCACUAGUCAUUAUUUUAAGAACCUAUGACGUUAGCAUCACAAUCAUGUUGCUUUGGCUUUCCCUGUCCUUCUUACGUUUAACAAAAUAGAACUGUGAUGUGUCUUCUUUGUAAAAGUUUAGGUAUAAAAUGCUAUGCAAGUUUUUCUUUAUAGUAAGAGCUUUAUUUUCUUUAAUAAUAUAUCCCCAAGUAGUAUGUUUUAAUCUCCCUUGUCCCUCAGAAUAAGCCGAAAAUAUAACUGAAGUUAUAAUGUUGCAGACACAAGAAUCGAAACUGUGCAGUCAAGCUGAAAUUAACUAUGAAUUAACUUGAAUUAAUUCUAAAGUGACUUUGGUUUUCAUUUUAGUCUAUUAGCUAGCUCAUUUCGACUGUUGCCUUUUUAAUGCUAGGUCCACACAGUGAAGGGAAAAGACAGUCUGUGAAAACGAUUAGUGUAGCAGUAAGGCAUCUGAAAUGCAGGACCAUGACAUGGGGCUUUGUGUAUUUAACUGGAUAAUUCCCUUCCACUGUCCUUUUCUCCUUGGCUGUGUAGAUAAAACUAUGUGUUCAAAUGAUGGUACUUUGAUUUUUGAAGUUUAUUUUUUUCCUUUUAUCUACAAAAUAAUCAUUCUCAUUUAUUUGUAUUGUGUGUAUAACCUCCAGUGGGAUAUGUGGCGGCUGAAACAAAUGUCUUUGCUUUGAGCCAAGAAGACCAAGGUUAGAGAGGUUUCUAUGAUGUCUUAAGAGAUUCGCAGAAUUCUCUGGCGCUUAAGUCCUAUGAUGGAGACCUGGUCAUGUGAAAAGAUUAGGAGGAUCUGAAAUGGUUCCUUUGCUGGAAGGCAUUCCUGAAGAGAUAGAAUCUAGUUAGAGGCUUAAUGCUAAGCUUGAAUACGACAUGACAGAGACUGCUCAAACCAAGAUUGGUCUCCCAUUUGUAGUAGCAUACCUGGGACUCUCACCCACACCAGAAUAGAAAGCACAUCACAGAAUCUGCACUGUCUUACGUGUCUCAGGAAAACUGCUGAAGGACCAUCAGUGGCAGAUUCUGCUUUGAUUGGCACUUUUGUCAUAGGAAUUUUUGCUGAAACAUCAUCUCAAUGUUGGACCUCUCUUGUGCUCAUCAUUAUUAUGCAUUUUGAGGUUAACAAGAGUCAAAACUGAAGGUGCAGGACAAGACGGUGAACAAAGCCAUACUUUCCAGUUGAUAAAGAGCUUGAUGCUUGUCUGACCCAAUGGUGGUGAUGUCAGUUACCAUGUGUCUACUUUUAGAGCUAGUAACUGUUACUGUGCAGAAAAAAUUCCAAAAGGAAAAGGCAUAACUGGGAGCAUACAGAUAUUGCUGACCAUUAUUCAUACCCAGGGUUGUCAUGGAUACCUACUUAUUUAGGGAGAUGUGUUUGAACAUGGAGAGGCCCCUAGCUUCUUUCAAACUGUCAAAUGCAUUAGCAGCUCAUCACAUGGAAGAAGCAAAAGCAGAGAAAAAAAGGGUGUUCCCCUGACUAUUUUUUUUGUGUGAAAAGUGGAAAAAAGUCUACUGUGAGAAAUGAUGCAGUUUCUAGUUAUCUGGAUGUUUGUUGAAUAUUUAUUGGAUGUUUUCCCUGAGAUUUAAAAGAAAAAAAAAAAAAGGUAUAAUGUGACCAGUCUGGUAAAAAGGAUGAAUAAAAUAGCUAAUAUUACGGCUCCAUUUCCUACUGGAUCAUAAUGGUCCUAGUCAUUCCACAGGAAUUAGAACUUCUUCCCCACUGAGGAAGACAAACUCUGGAUGUUGUGAGCAAAGUAUCCAUUCCAGACACAAGGUGAUACACUUGCUGUCCGCAGGAAGCAGAUGGCUUGGUCAGCUGAUCACACUUGCAGCAUCCAUUGCAACCUUAGGUCUAGAAGUCAUCAAUUUCCAUUACUUCUUUGCUUGUGACAUUUUUCUCACUACCCUAUGAAAAGGAGAGUGUUUCACUUUAGAAUAUGAGCAUAAGGGUUUUGUUCGUGAUUUACCUUUCCACCUUCAUGGGAAAACAGAACAGAAAAGAGCUUCCCAAAGAGGAAGAGAUACACGAAGCAAACCCCAAACCUCCGUCUUUAGUAGUCUUGUCCAGCCUUGCAUGAUGCACUUCCUUUAAGUCAUGUAGGGAGCACUAGUUUACCCCCCUUCUCUAAUUUCUUCCUGGGGUGGGGGAGGGUGAAAAGUGAGCUGACAAAGGGGGUGCUUGUCCCUGAUUAUGGGAGAAAGCUUUGUACACAUGGGAUCCUGUUGUUAUAACAAAAUAUCACCUUCUCUUGCUAUAGUUUUAGCUUUUCUAGCAGCACACUCACCAGAAGAGCACAAAGCAAGGCCAUCACAACAGGCGUUUUUAAGCUAGUGUAACACACACACAUACAUACACGCACACGCACACUGGGGUGUUCAUAGUUAUAUCCAUGGGAUGGAAGAUGUAUAACCUUUCUGAGGCAAGGAGAAGGCAUCGCCACUUGUGUGCCCCUUCUAGGACCAGUAUAUAGCCACUGACAGUUAGUCCUGAUGAUUUGUUUUCGUCUGAGCCAUGUGCCGAUUUGCUCCUGGUUUCUGUGUAGUGCGUUUUCGCUGACAAGGGACUGCAAGGAGGGUGGGAGAGUGCAUCACACAUCCUCUGAGACCGGCUGCGUCGCACACUUUGUUAACCAGACGCUUCACUCUACACUAUACAGUACCUUGUUGAUAUAUUCAGUAAAGGCUUAUUUUAAAAAGAAA